GUAGUUACACUGGCUACAAAUUAAUUCAAUUGUUCAACAAUUGUCCAUAAUGUUCUUCUAAAGAUCUAUCAUACGUUUUGAAGACAUAAAACCAUCUACAAAUUGUCUACGUAUUUUCCAUUCAUUAUUCCUAAUGUACUUUGUAAAUCCGAUACUACCCGCCCCAUAAACGAUAUAAUAUCACUAACAACUCUAUAUAGAUCUGUAACACCCUCGCACAACAGGCGUCAGUACUCCUCUCUCGCUGAGAGGGAAAGGACGCCUCAGUAAGGAGGGCGCGGACAUGCAAAGGAAUCGCAUCGAGAGAACUGCUUCGAAACGAUGGCGUGGCUCCGUGCGUCGGAUCAUCGCAGCUGCCGUGUAUAACCUUUCCUGCUUCACACACGGCUGCAGCACGGGCUGGGUGUCCGGUGUACUUGGGAACGAAGCCCUGACCGGAGGCGCAUGGCUCGCGGCUCUACCCUGCCUGGUUGCGUUGCCAGCAGCGCCGUUCUUCGCAGUCCUAGCUGAUGCUAGAGGAAGGAAGGCGGGCGCGUUUUGUAUUUGCAUCAGUUUUAUUUUAAGUUGGUCGCUAGCAGCAUGGUGCGGCCCGCGAGGAGUGUGGGCUGCCAGGGUCGCAGCGGGCGCAGGAGGUGCUGGAGCGCUGGCCCUCGCGCCGCUGUACUGCGCGGAGAUCGCUCCCAGGACCAGGGGGCUUGCUGCUAUGCCGGCUUUGGCUUGCAGUUGCGGGAUCCUGUUCGCGUACGCGGCAGGGGGCGCGUUAUCAGCCCACGCCUUAUCCUUAUCGAUGGCUGUGGCUCCAACAGUGCUGCUGGUCUCCCUGAUAUGGCUGCCGGAGACACCCUCGUUCCUCAUCAGCGUGGGGAGAAUACAGGACGCAGCAAAGAUAAUCUGCUGGUUCGACGGCUCGGACUUCCGAGAAGACCUCACUGAUGUAAUCGAGCAGCAGGAGGUGAGGAUCCGGACCUCGGACGGCUACGCGGGCAGACGGGAAGCCAUGCGAAGGCAGGACUCCGAUACCUUCCAACCCAUGCUUAAGAGGAGUAGUGGACUCGACUCCGCGUCGGAGAAGAAGACUGAGCAGUCGGCUUGUAGGGAACUUUUCCGCCACCGCCGCUCCCGACGUGCUCUAAUCUCAUGCUGCGUGGUGCUGUGCGCGGCGGCGGGCAGCGGCGCAGGCGCAGUCAACAGCUUCGCGGCGGCCGUGCUGCGGCACUCCGCGCACGCCGUCCCACACCUCAACAUGACCGCUUACAACUUUACUAUUUAUAAUGGAACUCUUCCGCGGCCAUUGUUUGAAACUUCAGAAGCUGGUUCCAUUCUCUGCGGCACGGCACUUGUGUUAGGAGCAGCCGUGGCAACAGUCACUGUGGAUAAGCUUGGCAGGAAGAUGCUUCUCCUCUGGUCAUGUUCGGGCAUAACCUGCUGCCUCGCCGUAUUAGGAGUUUACUGCGACCCCCAACUACGUAUGCACUCCUGGUACACGCACCGACUGUGGCCGUACAGAAUCAACUUAAAAGACAAGACCCAGUUAAAUACAACUGACGACCAGUUCGGAAACCUGACGAAGGACUUGAUUAACGUUUCAAGACCUUGGAGAGUUGAGAAUGACACCUUAGUUGACUGGUCUCCGAAGGUUCAAAAUGGAACGGAGGAGCAGCCGAUGUGGGCUCCCGUAGCAUUGUUGUCCACUGUUCUCUUCUUGUAUAAUAUCGGCUUGGGAUCAGUGCCUUAUGUGUUGAUAUCGGAGAUGUUUUCUAUCAAUGUCAGGAGUCUAGCAUCAAGUCUGCUCAUAUCCUGGAUGUGGCUGAGCAGCUUCCUCCUCCUCCGCUACUACGGCACCAUGGCGGUCUCCCUAGGCCUCCACGGCACCUACUACAUCUGCGCCACCAUCACAUUCCUCGGCUCUCUGUACAUCUUCUUCGUGAUACCAGAGACAAAAGGAAAGUCCCAAGAACAAAUCGAAGAGGCACUCGACGGACCACUCCUGGUUUUAGGGAGAAAGAACGAACAGCGAUGACAAAGACUGUCAGGUAUUAUAAUGGUGUUCACUUUGAUUUAGAGUAGAGUGGAAAGCCAAAGUAGUUAUACUAAUGGCGGUCGCCGUAGAUUUUUAAAUGUAAAAAGAUAUGAAGAAACCACAAAACAUAUGAGAAAUGUUUUUUGCGUACUGUAUUUAUUGAAAUGUCAUCUUAUAAUAGAAAUGUUUUGUAAUGGCGUCACUCUGUGUAUAAGAACUUUAACAGUAGCCUAAGGGCUUGACGCAAUCAAUGAAAUGGACACGCAAUAGUUUGAGAUCGUCUGAUAUUAAUGAUCCUAAGCUAUCUUCAGAUCGAUCGCAGGAAAGUACCAAUCACGGCGACGUAUUUUGAUUGGUAUAUUCUUUAGAUAACAAAAGGGAUUAAGAUCGUUCGAAUUAGGUCAAUAGCGGAUUAAUUUCAACUUUCUUUUAAAAACACAGAUUUGCUACUACAAUCUGAAACAUAUGCCCAAAAUAAUCUUAACGAUUACAAACAAAAAAUUAAUCAUAUCAUUCAUCGUAAUAAAGUAAUUAUAACGUUAUUUAAGCACCCUAUGAAAUCUUAUAACGUAUGCUAUAUGUUGCUAACUUGUAAUUAUUAUAUGUUGUUGUACUUCACUGGAGAUCCUUAAAAAAAUAAAUAUCGCCAAAAUCUGACGGAUCUAGAAGGGUCUGUUAUAACAAAAUUAAUAAACUAUAAAUACUUAAUGCAUCAAGAAAUGAUAAUGGAAGAGCUCAAGUAGUUACGGAUAAGUAUUAGUUUAAGUUAUAAAUGUUGUUUCGUUAUCGUUUGAAGUCCUUAUGUUACCUCUUUCAAUCUUGAAGCUUCUAGAAUUCACAUUUCUGUAAUUAAGUGGUAAGGAAACAAAACCAUUAGUGAUGAGAUUCAGUCGAGGCUUUUCCUUACAACUAGUUCAUAGGAAAAUAAAAUUGCCAAAGAAUUGAAAUUGCAAACAAUAUGUUAACUACAAUACCUUUUGUAAAAAUUAAUGUGUAUGCAGAAUUGCUCGCAAAGGGGGGCCAUGGGUCCCACAAUUAUUCUCUAGAUCUACACCUGCUCCGGUAAAAAAUAAAAGAAAUUUGCAUCAUGCGAGGGUAGCCAAUACCCCAAUCAUUGACUCUCUUAAUUUUCCAUCUAAAUCACCAAAAAGCUUCAAAACCCAACUAGGAUUAGUUUGAAAAAUAUUUACUCAAAAUGCAGUUUGUAUGACGAAAUAUUUUGUUACGGAUUUUUAUGGACUCAAAGGAUUUGCCUUAGUUUAGGAUGUUGUAUUCAAAGUAUUAACAAAUAAUUAAGAUAGUUUAAAGGUCUGUGCAGGCGCGGAUCUAUGUCAAUAAUUUUGAAGAGUUACAAAAAAAAAUAUUUAUGUAAAAAAAACUAAACCCAUUUUAAAACCCUACAAUACAUCUACGUAGCAAAAUUGUCUAGCAAUAAUACUCUGAUAAUGUGUGGGGGGUCAAAGUUCCCAUUAUUGGUUCCUAGAUCCGCGCCUGGUCAUUUUUAGAAAUGCAUUUCUGAGACGAGUAAGUGUAAUGUAAGUGUUUAACGGAUGUCACAUUAUUUGGGAAUUGAUGUCGCACUAAGGCUAGGAUAAGUUUGCCAAAUGUUUGCGUUCUAUGAACAAGAUUGUGUACAAUUAUUACGAUGAGAUGAGACAAGAUAAUGAUUAAAACAUAUUUAUAGAUUCAUACUGAUGGUUUCAAGCUAUUUUUUAUAUUUCCGACUCUAAAAACGACUUCAUAUGUAGUAAGGCAUAAUAGCUAAUUUCGAUUAACCAAAGUGAAUUCAUUGCGUAGACUCAGCCACAAAAGUAGCUAAAUAAAUCUUUCAAACUCUUCUAUCCAUCAACUUCUAUCUACAUAUUGUUUUUUCUGUAUUUAAAAUAAAGAAAAACCUUUGAAGUUUAUAUUUGAGAACGAAAAGGUUGUUUAUAAAGACAUAAACAUUUAAAAGUGAUUUGAAAUUUUGAAUUUGCGCAGCUACUUUUAUGGUUAACUGUAUUUUCCAAUUUAGUAUAUAUUAGGUACCUUUUAUCCAAAAGAGUUAACCUCUAGAGAGAAUGGGAUAUUGAUCGGGAAAUAAUAUAAAGAACUCGUAUAUUUCAUCAGAUUUCCUAUAUAUCCGUAUUUUAUAUAAUCGCAUUGAUCCAUAAUUUUACAAUUGCAUAAUGCGAACAUAUUACUAACUACCGAUCAACCUUAAAAUAGUGUUAAACAUCUCUACAUGCACGGGGAUCCAAGGUCGCAAAACAUCUUAAAUCCCAAUCAACUACAGAACAGUCUAAUAUGUAAAACAAAAUUGGCGGGGCCUUGGAGUCCCAAAACAACUCCCUAAUUCCGGCCCAUUAUCUUGUCUCGUCUCAUUAAAAUCAAAGCAAUGGACACAUCACUCGACAAAUUAUUUUUUGAUCAGCCACUGUUACUAGCAAUUAAUACAGAUGCAAUAUAUUUAUGUAACAUUUAUAAUAAUAAGGAUUUGGGGAACAUUUGCGAUAUUUUUUUGUCCGCCAUAUUUGUUUUAUCACAAAAAAGGUUUCAAUCAAAGGAAUGUAGAAUGUAGCUUUCAAGAAUAAUGGAGCUGUAUAAGAAGCAUUCAGAAUCAGUAAUUUCAGAGUGAUUAAAGUACUCUACAGUAUUGAAAUAAAACUAUUUCACGGAUUGUAUCGCGGUUUUUUAUAUUAUAAUUAUAUAAUUUUUAAAUUUUCUAUAAUUGAAAAAUGGAGGUAAAUACCUACUUACCUACAUUUUACAAUUAUACAAAAUUACGACUACGAAGGCUGCAGUCUUCGAAACGUCAAAAAUGUAUAAUUUAAAAAAAUCCGAUAAACUCCGUAAAAUAGUUUCAUUUCAACUUCAUACGGGUCAUAAGGCACCCCAAAAUAACCGCUCAGUCGCCUCCACGAAGACUGGGCGGUAGUCAACUUAUUUACUCCGCGACAACAAAAAAAAAAAAAAAAAAAAAAAUACCCGUGUUAUAAUUCCCGUAAAAAUAUGGUCAAUAUAUUUUGGACGAGUAUCGAACACUGAAUAUCUUUAAGCCGGUCUACUAACAUUACAUACUGUAGAAGACUACAGUUUACAGAAGACAGUAGGAAUAAAAUGACAGAUAAUCAUCAUCAGCCGCAGGAUGUCCACUGCUCCAUGGGCCUUCCCCAACGAUUUCCAGAUCCUCCUGGAAGUGGCCUGCAUCAAGCGAACUCCUGAGACUUUUAUUAGGUCAUUUGUCCCUCGGGUGGACGUUCGUAAUGGAUUUAUCCAUUAUAUAAAAAUGAAUCCCUAUUUCCCUUGGUCACGCCAUCACGCGUGAACGGCUGGACCGAUUUCACUAUUUUUUUUUUUUGUUGAGUUUGUUAUUGUCAGGAAAAGGACCUUAUGAAAGAAAAAAUUAAGGGAGUUGAGCGGAACGUUAGAAAAUUUUAAAAAACUUAACGAAAAUAUUGAUUUUAUAUAACUGUCAAUUGGUUGAAAUAACUGUCAGCGACUGACAGAAUGCGCGCUGCAAUUCAUAGUUAAGACGGGACAACGUCGGCUCAACUAGUCUAUCAUAAAUGUUCCCCAAACAUGCAUAAAUCAAUUAUCCCGCACAAACGUACAAAAUAUUAGAAAUAUUCAGGUUUUAGCCAAAUAUUAACGUUGAUAUUGUAUUUACUUGGAUGUUGGUUCUGAUCCAUGUUUUGUAUGGAUUAAUAAACAGCUUUAAAUGUC